UAGCGCAGUCACAUCUGUUGCACCUAAAUAUACCGCUGUCCGAGAGAUACCUGAAUAUAUUGACAUUUGACGGUGUUCCGUAGUCGUGCAUCGGUCGUACGUACGUCGUAUGUCGGUCUGAACGUUGCGUACUCUACGAGAACAAAUAAAAAAUAAAUAAAUAAUAAAACAAUGGCAGAGGACGAGCUGAACGACGAGGGGUGCGACAUAAACACCAAGUUCGGGUUGCGUUUACGCGGACGGAAGGGUGCGCUCAAGAAGAAGAACGUCUACAACAUCAAAGACCACCGAUUCAUACCCAGAUUCUUUAAGCAGCCGACGUUCUGCUCGCACUGCAAAGAUUUUAUCUGGGGGUUCGGAAAACAAGGGUAUCAAUGUCAAGUUUGCAGUUUCGUGGUGCAUAAAAGGUGUCACGAGUAUGUUACGUUCACGUGUCCCGGCGUCGACAAAGGAGCUGACUCAGAUGACACGAGAACAAGACAUAAUUUUAAGGUGCACACAUACUCAUCUCCUACAUUUUGUGACCAUUGCGGCUCACUACUUUACGGGGUCAUACACCAGGGAAUGAAGUGUACAGCAUGUGACAUGAAUGUUCACAAACGAUGUGAAGAAAGCGUUCCUAAUUUAUGCGGUUGUGAUCACACUGAACGUAGGGGAAGAAUCCAGUUGAAGAUUAAUUGUACAGGCAAUAAACUCACCAUUGAAGUUAGACAAGGUCGGAAUUUAAUUCCCAUGGACCCGAACGGUUUAAGCGACCCUUACGUAAAGCUCAAGUUAAUUCCAGAUUCGGACAACGUGAAAAGAAAAACAAAAACCAUCAAGGCCUGUCUGAAUCCCGUAUGGAACGAAACAAUAGUUUUCGACCUGAAGCCAGAGGACAAAGAUCGUCGAUUGCUGAUCGAGGUGUGGGAUUGGGACAGAACAUCCAGGAACGAUUUCAUGGGCUCCCUGUCGUUCGGCAUUUCGGAAAUCCUGAAGGCUCAAGCCGACGGUUGGUUCAAGUUGCUCACGCAGGAAGAGGGUGAAUUUUACAACGUACCGGUGCCGGAGGAAGGGGUCGAUUUGGUUGCCAUUCGGUCUCAAGUCAGGAAACCGUCGAUUCCGAAGCCGAGUGUUACGGCAGCCAAUAAAGAUGUUCCGCAUAAUAUGGGGAAGAAGGAUAUUAUUAGGGCUAGUGAUUUUAAUUUCUUGAUGGUUCUGGGUAAAGGUUCUUUCGGAAAGGUGAUGUUAGCUGAAAGAAAAGGAACGGAUGAGUUGUACGCCAUAAAAAUCCUGAAGAAGGAUAUAAUAAUCCAGGACGACGAUGUAGAGUGCACUAUGGUAGAAAAACGAGUUUUAGCUUUAUCCAGUAAACCACCAUUUUUGGUGCAAUUACAUUCCUGUUUCCAAACUAUGGAUCGUUUGUAUUUUGUAAUGGAAUACGUGAAUGGUGGAGAUUUGAUGUUCCAAAUACAACAGUGUGGUAAAUUCAAGGAACCCGUCGCAGUAUUUUAUUCGGCGGAAAUAGCAAUCGGAUUGUUCUUCUUACAUAGCAGGGGAAUCGUGUACAGAGACUUAAAACUUGACAACGUACUUCUUGACCAGGACGGUCAUAUAAAGAUCGCCGAUUUUGGCAUGUGCAAAGAAGGAAUAACUGGCGACAAAACUACUAAAACAUUCUGUGGUACUCCAGACUACAUUGCUCCAGAGAUUAUUUUAUACCAACCAUAUGGCAAAUCAGUGGAUUGGUGGGCUUAUGGUGUUUUACUCUACGAAAUGUUAAUUGGUCAACCACCUUUCGACGGCGAAGACGAGGAGGAGCUUUUCGCAGCAAUCACAGACCACAACGUCAGUUAUCCCAAGGGAUUGUCCAAGGAGGCAAAAGACGUCUGCAAAGGAUUGUUGACGAAGAACCCGAACAAAAGAUUGGGCUGCAGCUCCCACGGCGAAGUUGAUGUAAGAGGGCACGCCUUCUUCCGACGGAUAGAUUGGGAUAAAAUCGAAAACAGAGAGGUGCAACCUCCGUUCAAACCGAAAAUUAAACAUCGCAAGGACGUCAGUAACUUCGACAAACAAUUUACGUCGGAGAAGACGGAUUUGACGCCGACGGAUAAGCUAUUCAUGAUGAACCUGGAUCAGACGGAAUUCAUGGGAUUCUCGUUUCUCAAUCCGGAAUUCGUGCAACAUGUGUAAACUGGUACUUAAGUAUUCGAAAAUUUUUAAAAUUAAUGUGUAAUUCAGUCCUUUAAUAUAAGCACAAUUUAAAAAAAAAGUGUGUAUAAAAAUGUUCGCUCGACUAAGAGAGUUUUACAGUUAAAGCCUUUCCAGUUGACCCAAACUGCAUAUCACAGUUUAACUGUAAAAUUAUCUGUUUAAUAAUAAUUACGUAUUAAUAUUAUUAAAAAUAAUAUCAAACAUAUCUUAACGAAUACUCGUAUGUAAGGUGUGUGUUAUUUGUUACACGGAACGUUUUGGCCAGACUAUAAUUAAUGGUCCAGUUUUUGAGAUACGAAAUACUUUUUCCUUUUUCUAAAAGUUCUAUUUACUUUCUCUGUGUUCUUUGUGCUUGUUUUACCAACCAUAGAAAUAGCCUGUAGUACUAGCCCCCUGAAAACAUCUAUACGAACUCCUACAAGCUGUUAAAGUAAAUGAACAAUGAAGAUUUAUUGAUGUUGAUUAAUUUAGAAUAGGAUACACUCUAUAAAGAGUGUUCAUUUAGAAUUGCUACGCAAACAUUCCAUAACUGCAAGUGUGUUAUUUUAAUUGUUAAUGAUUAGUAGUAGCAAUAACAUUCCAUAGAUUUUAGAAUUUUUAUGCAUCGGCUGAAUUGCAUGUUAAUUUAAUUGUAUAGAAUUGAUCUCAUUGCGUAUUUCAAUGUUCAACAGUUUACAACUCUUAGGUCCAAAAUAUUCCUUCCAUAUAACUUAAGACUUUGACAAAUCAAAAUGUUAAAUCCAGUUCGAUCAACUUUGUAAUUUCAGAUGAACCUAACAAUUGCUGUAAAUCUUUUUGAUGUGCAACAUUUGAAUAUGCAAUGAGAAGCAAUACAAAAAAGUUUAGAUAUUUGAUAUUGCCUCUACCUUUGACGACUGUUGCACUACAAUUUUAAUUGUAAUCAUAAGGUAGUUGUUCACGUAUCUUUCUUACAGUUCUUCCAAAGUCAUUCAAUUGACGUGAUUAAUAUGUGUUAACUUUAUAUGCAUUUAAAAUAUUUAAAAGUAAUUUGAACGCUCAUUUCACAUUACUCCAACAAGUACAAUCGUCAUACUCACAUACACAGGAAAAACUACAGGUAAAUUAAUAACAAAAUGGAACAGUUUGUUUUACUGCGUAUUAAAGUAAUGUAAUGAGCGUGAACAUUUUCCCCAAGUGAGUGAUAAAAUUUGAUGUCAAUCAACCAAAUGACACUGUAUUAAUGUCGCAUCAAUCUUAAAGUCCACAUAGAUGUAAACAUAGUAUUUUGAUACCUGUUAUAGCUAGUAAUUUAAUUACAAAGUGCCAACAAAUUAUUUUGCAUAUUCACAUUUAUGAAAUGUGAAUAUACAAAUCUAAAUUAAUAUAAAGAUGCCGCGAGAUUUUUUGGACACGUAUAAAUCGACAUAAAAAAGCAAAUCUGGUAACCAGUUAUGAUUUCAAUGUAAAUAACUAUUAGUUACGCGACUGUGUCCAUAAAGUUUUGCAACUGUAAGUUUAAGGCUUGUACAAUCAAGUAUUUCGUGAGAGAAAUACUAUUUUGAGAUUGAGCGACUUUAAUGAUGACGUUCCUCCAAAUACUCGUGUACUCUAGUACUCACUCAUCUUGAUGCAUAUUUUAUAUAGCUGUAGUUAUAUAAAAAUAAUAAUGUAUUAAUAAUGUAAUAUAGGUGUUUCGAUUCAUACUUCUAAUAAUAACUUUUCUAUUUAAAACAAAGAUAAACUAUAUUUUAAUUUGUAUUGUUUAGGGAUCUAUUUAAAAUAUCACACUUUUUAUCUCAGUGAUUAUUUACUAGUAUUAUUUUUAUAUGUCCCUUUGAUUAUUCGAAAAUCUUUGAUAUUUGACACAGGUAUAGAAUUAUAAGGGCUCAAUUGGUUCUACGUCUGUAAAAGUAUGAAGAAAAUUUUCAUUUUAGGGACACAUUUGCUUAUCUGUGCUUAUUUAUGAGUAUUAUUGUAAAUCCUUUAAACCUUUAAUUUGUUAUCGUCAUAGUUUAAGAUUGUUACUAUAAAUACGUUUAUAUUUUAAUCGAAUAAGUUCACGAUAUUACAAUCCGCUGUUAUUAAAUAAAAUACAUCAGUUGUUAACGAAUAUAUUCCGUAAAUUGCACUUCAGUAUUAAUUAUUUGAAUAAACGAAGUAGAUACUAUAGAUUAUUUUUUACAGGACGAUUUAAAAAUUUACCAACAAACUGAUAUCAAAGAAAACUCUGACAAAUCGAAUAGAAAAUACUGGAGUGGAUUUAUAAUUUUAAGUGCAUGCAACAUUCUAGUCAUUUUUCAUAAUUGCUAUCUAGUCUCAAUUAAACAUUACAUGGUCUAAGUGAUCUUUUUGAUAUAAUAUGUUUUAUUGUUAGCAUCUGAAUUGUAUUAUUCUUAUUGUUGUAAUCAUAUUGAAUAUACAUGUAUUGUACAAUAAACUGUACACUAUA